AUGUUGGGAAAGGAGCAUGGUCUAAAUCUCAAGGAAACUGAGCUUUGCCUCGGUUUGCCUGGUGGUGGUGGUAGCGGAGGCGGUGGUGGUGGCGGUGGCUCUGAGGUGGAAACUCCAAGGGCCACUGGGAAGAGAGGGUUCUCUGAGACAGUUGAUCUGAAGCUUAAUCUUCAGGCCAAGGAAGAUCUGAAUGAGAAUCUGAAGAAUGCCUCAAAGGAGAAGACCCUCAAGGAUCCUACCAAGCCACCGGCUAAGGCUCAAGUGGUUGGUUGGCCACCAGUGAGGUCAUACAGGAAGAACAUGAUGACACAGAAGGUUAACACUGAGGAAGGAGCUGAGAAGACAACAAGCAGCACUGCUUCCGGGGCAUUUGUCAAAGUUUCCAUGGAUGGAGCACCUUACCUUCGCAAGGUGGACCUCACAAUGUACAAAAGCUACAAAGAGUUAUCUGAUGCCUUGGCCAAAAUGUUCAGCUCCUUCACCAUGGAUAACUAUGGGGCCCAAGGAAUGAUAGACUUCAUGAAUGAGAGCAAGUUGAUGGAUCUUCUUAACAGCUCUGAGUAUGUGCCAACCUAUGAAGAUAAGGAUGGUGACUGGAUGCUCGUGGGUGAUGUCCCAUGGGAGAUGUUUGUGGAGUCAUGCAAGCGUCUGCGAAUAAUGAAAGGAUCAGAAGCAAUUGGGCUUGCGCCAAGAGCAAUGGAAAAAUGCAAAAGCAGAAGCUGA